AGAGACUAAAGAGCAGGACUGAAUCUCUUCUAAACCUUUUUUUUUUUUUUUUGCUUUGUGCUGCCUAUAAGAGCCAUCAGAAGAACAUCUCACCCUGACACCAUGCACUCUUCUGUUUAUGUAUUAGCACUUCUUUAGAGGUGUUUUGUUCCAUUACUUAGUGAACACUUGGCUUUUCCCCAGGUGACACAUGCUGUCUAACUGACUUGUUCUGAUAGUCGGGAGAAGCUCGAACUGAUAACUCUCAGCUCAAUAUGUACCAGGGACACCUGCAGGGGAAAGACUCUAGGGCUGCAGAUAAGGCCGUUGCCAUGGUCCUGAAGGAGAUACCCAAUAAGGCGUCCCCAGAAGGCAAACCCCUCCUCACGGUGACCAACAAGCUGGUGAGUGAACAACAAGAGAGCCGUCCCUUGCUAAGCCCCUCCAUCGACGACUUCUUGUGCGAGACCAAGUGUGAUGGAGCUGCUCGCCCCGUGACCUCCAACACAGCAGUGCUGUCCUCUUCUCUGGACCUGCUGGACCUAAGUGAGCCUGGUGAGAGGAGGAACAGUAAAGACAGGAAGAGUCCCAUGUCCACCAAGAGCACACCACAUCGAAAGAAAGCAGAUGAAACCGAGCUGAUCCAAGUGGAUGUUGAACAGAACAAACCCUGCUCUCAUACACCUGUGAAAGAUUCUCUGGAUUCAGCAGGUGUUACUUCACCACUGGAGAAAUGGGAGGAACUCAAUCCUCAUGCAGAGAGAACCGGUAGCAGGAAAUGGAAACUAAACAAAAGACGGUCGUCCAAAAAUUCUGGAGAAUUUGUUUGGUCUACUGACAGCAAAACACAACCUGAUACAGCUGCCAAGAACUCAUUAGAAAUAAAUUACAAGGCUGAGGCAGAGACAUCCCCUUCCACUCAACUCAACAAGCAGUAUAUUAGUGGAAGACAUGGCCGACAGAGCAAAGAUCAGAGGUGGGGUGGAGGACUCCUAUCCAGAAACCAGUCACUCGAGGAAGAGUUUGAGCGUGCUAAAGCAGCUGUAGAAUCAGACACUGAGUUCUGGGACAAGAUGCAGGCUGAAUGGGAAGAACUGGCUCGCAGAAACUGGCUUACAGAGAAUGAGCAAGCCCAGAUUCCCUCUACUGUGUCUCCUCUUGAAAAGGGAUAUUACUUCCACACAGACAAUCCAUAUAAAGACUGGCCAAAUGCGUUUGAGGAGGGACUGAGGAAGGCCAGAGAGGGAGAGCUGCCAAAUGCUGUUCUUCUCCUGGAGGCAGCCAUCUUGCAGGAUCCUCAAGACUCAGAGGCUUGGCAAGUCCUGGGGACCACACAGGCAGAGAAUGAGAAUGAGCAGGCAGCAAUUGUCUCCCUCCAGAGGUGUCUGGAGCUCCACCCCAACAACCUCCAGGCCCUCAUGGCACUGGCAGUGAGCCUAACCAACACGGGCAUGAAGCAGGAAGCAUGUGAGGCACUACUGGGUUGGCUGAGACAUAACCCGAAAUAUAAACAUCUGAAGAACCGCAAUAACCUGCAGGGUUCACCAAGCUCACGCCACCUCUCCUACUCUGCGCCCAUGGCAUGCUCUCUGCUCCCUGAAGUGAAGGAGCUGUUCUUGGAAGCAGCCCAACAGAACCCAGAAACAAUUGAUCCGGACCUGCAGACGGGCCUGGGUGUGCUUUACAACCUUAGCUUGGAGUUUAACAAGGCUGUAGAGGCCUUCAAUGCUGCACUGUCUGUCCGGCCAGAGGACUACUUGCUGUGGAAUCGUCUCGGGGCAACACUAGCUAAUGGAGACCGCAGUGAGGAGGCAGUGGAAGCGUACACCCGAGCGCUGGAGCUCCAGCCUGGUUUCAUUCGCUCUCGCUACAACCUGGGCAUCAGCUGCAUCAACCUGGGUGCACACAGGGAAGCUGCCAGCAACUUCCUGACAGCAUUAAGCCUGCAGAGGAAGAGCAGGAGUCAGCAGCUCUCACACCAGGUCAUGUCUGGAAACAUCUGGGCAGCAUUGAGGAUAGCACUCUCAAUGUUGGACCAGCCCGAGCUCUUCCAGGCAGCAAACAUUGGGGACCUGGACUUACUCAUGAGGGCCUUCAACCUGGACAUGUGAACUGGCAAAUAUUUUUGACGGAGUAUAAGCCAAGAACCCAAAGUCCUUCAACUGGAGGAAGCAGAAACUGUUUUACCGAAGACAUUUUUAAUUUUUCUUUCGCAGAGCACCUUUACAUUCCUGAGAACUGCACCGCAGUAUACGAUUUCAGAGAAGAGCACAAUGUCUGGAAGAUUGUAGAAGUAUGCCUUAGAGAAGAUCUUAGUUAGUGAAGUCUUGCCAGGUGGAUGAUGGAU